AUGGAAAUAACAACAUCAAAAGAACAAGAUGAUAAUGCUUCAAUUAUACAUUAUCCAAAUCAUAAAUAUAAUUAUAAUAUAAAUGGCACGAUAGAUGAUUUAAUUGCGAGUUCUGAUGUUAAAAUGCAAAGCCAAACGAAAUGGGAACCAUCAAACGAUGCUGCACAAGUAAAAAAAACUGUAUUCGAAGUUGGUGAAUGGUUAAAAUUUUCUGAUGAAUUGGACGAGAAAGAUAUAGGAGAAACUGUUCAUCAUUUAUCCAUCAGUGGUCCUACGACUGUUAAAAGAACCGGACAUGUGCAUCGUGGAGGAUAUGAUAAAGAAGAGGAGUCUGGUCCAUUAGGUACGACAAAAGCACCCAACUGUGCUCAAUACGGUCGUUAUUAUUGUAGUUACAAGGAAGAAUAUCCAACAGAAAUAGUAACACAAGUUGUUAAAUAUAUGAAAUGGCCAUUAGAAAAACUAUUUAAGGAUUUAAGAACUCUUCAAAUGCCAAAAUUAGCAGAACUCGGUGAUGGAUCUUUAGUUUGUGAUUCACAAACGAAGAUUGUUAGACCCGGAUGGGCUAAAAACGUUAACGGAAGAUGGUUAGUUGUUUUAAAUAACGAAUAUUAUCAUCAAUAUGUAACUGAAGUACAGUGCAAAUACGAUGGUUCAUAUUGCAACUUUGUUCCACCUUGUUAUCAUGCAACGUGUCAACAACGUUAUAACAAGCAGACGUUAUUGGUAAUUGACCCUCAUCAUCCUUAUAAAGGGCCUUUCUUAUCGAAAUUCCUCUUUGCUUCAUGCUGCGUUUGUUAUGUACCGAAACAUUCGAAAAAGAAUUACUAAAUUUCAC